GCCUUUUCAUACAGACAUAUGCAUUACGUACAGCAGACACGCCAAAUCUGCACAGUCUAUUUAUCAGCGACGAAAUGGGAUAAUCUUGAGCGUCUUUAGAGAAUUUCUUCAACGGGAACUAAACGACCGAUCAAGGAGAGUGAUUUUAUUAGUUAUUUAUUAUAAUUUCCAGUCUACACAGACGUAAGCACAAACGGCUGUGGGGAUAAUGGUGAUAAAAAAGAAAUCAUAUUAUGAACGCAGGACAACUGGAAUAGAUCGCCACAGACACGACCGGACCGUAUAAUUUGUUUAUGGCGACCAGUUUAAUUUGAAAAGCUUUCUAAAGAGUAUUUUGAUUAUCUCUUGCGCUCUGGAGAACAAAUGCUGUCAUUGUGCUGGGGACCGAGAUUUGUGCGCGUGAUAUUCUGCAAGUGGUCUCGUCGGAAUGGUGCGCGAGAUGAGACUGCGCGUGCCUUUAUUGUUUCCGCGCGACAAGCUCAAUAACGGUCGUUCUGUGGUUGAACAACUCGAGCCCAACGACGACAAUUUUGGUACGGAAAGACAGACUUCUAGUGACAAUUCCAGGGAAAUCAUGAACGAAGUGUUUUGUAAACGUUUGUAUUAAGUGUUAUCGAAGAAAUAUUCUUUAUUAUGAACGGGCACUGCCGACUUUUCAUACUUUCCUCAAUUUUCCUUUUCUUCAGCUAAAUUCCACUUAGUUGGAGAUACUUGACCGUGUGUUUCUUACCAAUUUGGUAUUUUCAAAUAGCCUGAGCAAACACAAUGGUGGAGCCUGUGGGUUUCAUUGAAGCCUGGAAAGCACAGUUUCCAGAGUCCGAGCCUCCGAAGAUGGAGCUGAGGUCUGUUGGGGGAAUCGAACAAGAACUGGAGAAGUGCAAAGCGUCCAUAAGACGCUUGGAAAUGGAGGUGAACAAAGAGCGCUUCCGGAUGAUCUACCUUCAAACGCUGCUGGCCAAGGAGCGAAAGAGCUACGACCGGCAAAGAUGGGGUUUCAGGAAGCCACCUCACAUGACCGAAGGAGACCCCCAACCUGUUGCAGCCGAUUCUCAGUAUCUCCAUGCACAGGAGCAGGGACAGCCAGAGCGCAGCAGGUUUCAGCCUGUGGGGGAGUCCAGAGUGAAACCACGACCACCCCCGGCCAGGAAGUCAGCCUCCCACGGUGAUGGAUUGGAGCUACAGUCAUCAUUUGAGGCGCACCAGGCAGGGCCGGUUAGUGAGACCGACGGGCUCUCGCCAACCACACAGAGGGGUGGAGUUUCCCCUCGCAGACCCCAUCCACCUCCUGACAAGGAGUUACCCUCAGAUCCGUCCCCCAAAGACAAGCCGGGCAUGGGGCUCGGGGUGGCUGCCUUGCGUUCGAACUUUGAGAGAAUCAAACGGGCCAACUCACAGUCAGCCAGUGAUGGAAAAUCAGGCCAAGAGAAACCAUUCUACACCAACGUUGAGUUCCAUCAUGACAGGGGCCUGGUAAAAGUCAACGACCGUGAGGUCUCAGACAAAAUUAGUUCUCUUGGGAACCAAGCCAUGCAGAUGGAGCGCAAAAGGUCACUUCAUUCACUUCCAGGCAACCUUGCUACGGUCGCAGGUGAUCUACGCCCCAGGCCUGUCUAUAGGGGGCGCUCUACUGAAAGCACCUGCGGAUACGACGCCGAGUAUGAAGACGGCGAACCCAGUCCUCGCUACAGCACUGCGAGACCAAACGGGGCCAAACCACCACCGCCGCCAUGGCAGCCAUCAGAUUUCCAGCCAUACACUAGUGUUUAUGUCGGAGGGAUGAUGUCAGGAGAAGUUGGCGACGGUAGGGUCACUAUGAGAGACCAUGGAGGAAGUGACGACCAUCUUCUCACCUGGCCCAGGAGGUCGUACUCCCCUGGAAGUUUCGAGGAUGUGGGAGGCGGUGGAGGCGGAUACACCCCAGACUGCAGCUCCAAUGAGAACCUGACAUCCAGCGAGGAAGACUUCUCCUCGGGACAGUCCAGUCACGUGUCGCCCAGCCCUACGACAGCCUACCGCCGCCCACUCCGAGAGAAGAGUCGCUCACCUUCUCAGAACUCCCAGAAUUCCCAGCACUCGUUUGACAGCAGCAGUCCCCCUACACCCCAGACGCAGAAACGACACCGGCAGCAACAUGUCGUAGUGUCUGAGGCCACCAUUGUGGGUGUAAGGAAAACAGGACAAAUCUGGCCCCAUGAUGGAGACUCUGUUGCCUCCAGUCGUGCGUCCCAUGAUAACAGUUACCAUGGAGAUCUGGAUGGUCCGUUUACAGGCACUCCGCCCACCUAUGGUUAUGAUGCGGAUCGAGCGGAGGAGCAGCGCAGACACCAUGACAUUCUGCCCUACAUCGACGACUCCCCCUCCUCCUCCCCUCACCUCAGCUCCAAGAGCCGCAGCAGUCGAGACACUCUCUCCUCCGGCUCGAUCGAGUCCUCCAAGUCUGCGGAGUUGGAUCUGGAGAAGGGACUGGAGAUGAGGAAAAGGGUGUUGUCUGGAAUCCUGGCCAGUGAAGAGACCUACCUCAGCCAUCUGGAGGCACUGUUACUGCCCAUGAAGCCCCUGAAAGCAGCAGCCACCACCUCCCAGCCUGUCCUGACUGUUCAACAGAUCGAAACCAUCUUCUUUAAAGUGCCUGAGCUCUAUGAGAUCCACAAAGAAUUCUAUGAUAGCCUUUUACCCAGAGUGCAGCAGUGGAGUCACCACCAACGUGUGGGAGACCUUUUCCAAAAACAAGCUAGCCAGCUUGGAGUGUACAGGGCCUUUGUGGAUAAUUACGAACUCGCCGUGGAAACCGCAGAGAAGUGCUGCCAAGCAAACACACAGUUCGCAGAGAUCUCUGAGAGUCUCAAGGUCAGGAGCACCAAGGAGUGCAAGGACCUGACAGCCAAAUACUCACUGGAAACUCUGCUCUAUAAACCAGUGGACAGAGUGACCCGGAGCACGCUUGUUUUACAUGAUCUUCUGAAACACACACCUUCCAGUCACCCAGAUUACCCCCUCCUGCAGGACGCCCUCCGCAUCUCACAGAACUUCCUGUCCAGCAUUAACGAAGAGAGCACGCCUCGCCGCCAGUCCAUGACAGUGAAGAAGGGAGAGAACCGUCAGCUGUUGAAGGACAGCUUCAUGGUGGAGCUUGUGGAAGGCGCUCGGAAGCUACGCCAUGUUUUUCUCUUCACUGACCUCCUGCUCUGUGCCAAACUGAAGAAGCAGAUUGGAGGGAAAAACCAGCAGUAUGACUCCAAGUGGUACAUUCCUCUCUCAGACCUCAACUUCCAAACGGCAGAAGAGUCUGAGCCCCUGCCUGUCCCACAAGCCCCUGAUGAGGAGCUAGAUGCCAUUAAGAUCAAAAUCUCAUCCCUGAGGAGUGAGAUCCAGAGAGAGAGGAAGGCCAACAAAGGGUCAAAGGUUAUGGAGAGGCUGAAAAAGAAGCUGUCGGAACAGGAAUCGCUACUGCUGCUGAACUCUCCUAACAUGCCCCUCAGAGUGCACAACCGCAAUGGAAAGAGCUACAUGUUUCUGAUCUCAUCGGACUACGAGCGUGCCGAGUGGAAGGAAGUGAUCCGAGAACAGCAAAAGAAAUGCUUUAAGACCUUCAGCCUGACGUCCAUGGAGCUUCAGAUGCUCACCAAUUCAUGUCUCAAGCUCCAGACGGUCCAUCAAUUACCCCUCACAGUCAAUAAAGACGAGGAUGAAACUACUGGACUGUAUGGAUUCUUGAAUGUAAUUGUCCAUUCUGCCUCUGGACUUAAACAGAGCUUAAAUCUGUAUUGCACAUUAGAGGUGGACUCCUUCAGCAUCUUUGUGAAUAAAGCCAAAACGAGAGUGUACAGAUAUACUACCGAACCCAAGUGGAAUGAGGAGUUUGAGAUCGAGUUGGAGGGCUCCCAGACAUUACGUCUACUGUGUUACGAGAAGAGCUACAACAAAGCGAAAAUGAACAAGGAGGAUGGAGAAAGCACGGACAGAAUUAUGGGCAAAGGACAAAUCGCGUUGGAUCCUCAGAUGCUCCAGGGUAAAGACUGGCAGAGAACAGUCAUCCCUAUGAAUGGGAUUGAGGUGAAGAUAUCCAUGAAGUUCACCAUCCGGGAGUUCAGCCUAAAGAGAAUGCCCCCACGGAAGCCCAUGGGUGUGUUUGGAGUAAAUAUCUCCACAGUGACAAAACGGGAACGCUCUAAAGUGCCCUACAUCGUCAGACAGUGUCUAGAAGAAAUCGAGAGAAGAGGAAUGGAGGAAGUGGGCAUCUACCGUGUCUCAGGAGUGGCCACUGACAUCCAGGCACUGAAGACUGCCUUUGACACCAAUAAUAAAGACGUGUCAGUAAUGAUGAGUGAGAUGGAUGUGAACGCCAUUGCCGGAACGCUCAAGCUGUACUUCAGGGAGCUCCCUGAGCCCCUGUUCACUGACGAGCUCUACCCUAACUUUGCGGGAGGCAUUGCUCUUUCAGACAGCGUAGCUAAGGAGAGCUGUAUGCUGAACCUCCUGCUGUCUCUGCCAGAGCCCAACCUGGUCACCUUCCUCUUCCUGUUGGAUCAUCUCAAGAGGGUUGCAGAGAAGGAGAGUGUAAACAAGAUGUCUCUUCACAAUCUGGCCACUGUGUUUGGCCCGACCCUGCUACGACCUGCUGAGAAGGACAGCAAAAUCCCCACUAACCCCACUCAGCCUAUAACGAUGGGGGACAGCUGGUCACUGGAAGUCAUGUCACAGGUGCAAGUUUUGCUGUAUUUCCUUCAGCUGGAGACCAUCCCGACGCCAGACAGUAAGAGACAGAGUAUCCUGUUUUCCACAGAGGUCUAAAGGAGUUCUUAUUCCUAUUGUAAGUCUCAAACCGGUGGGCGAGGGAUCAAGCGAGCAUGUCCACCCACUGGGUAUAACGGACACUGGAAUGCACAAGAGCAUUUCGCCUUUCGCGCAUUUUCUAGCUGUUGCCACUAGGGGGCACCACAGCCCUUUUAAACGUUAAAGAACUGGACUUGCUCGGAGCACAUCUUGAAUAUUCCUGAACCCUCUGCCUUUUUCUGUGAACAUCAGUGUCCGUUCAGCACCUUCGCUCUUCAUUUUCAUGAGUCAGACCCUGAGCAUGCGUCCUCUUGCAUCCUGUACGUGGGCCUCUACUUGUCAAUCAUGUCAGCUGAUGACAGUGAAUUCUGUCUCUCCUGGCUUUUUGUGUUUGUCCUCAUUUCGCCUGUCCCCACUGGUCACUGAUACUCUUUCUGUGCUGCUACAAAAAGCUCCAAACCGUUCCAGAUUUUGGAUCCUUUUCUACAAUAGAUAAUUACAUGGCAGUUCAACGUAGUUCUUAUUGCAGACUCUUAAAAGUCAAAUGAGUAGCUUCUGUUAGUGUGUCAAUCAUUACAAGAGCUUAAUUUAGGAGGAUUUCUGUGUAGAAGAUGGUGUUUGGUUCAGUUAUUGUCAGUGUUGAUGUGAUUCUAAGUUAAGAAAACAUACAUAACAAUUAGAAAAAUCUCACUAUUUUUUAAUUUCCCUCUUUUUUGCCCAUACCUCUCUAUCAAGCAAUAUAGAGUGUCUGAAAACGUGUUACAUGUUUCAUUAUGCUUUCGUAGUUGAGAUUUUGGGAGAGAGAAGUACAUUACCAGAAGGGUCAAUAUAUUUUUCUUUAUUUAGAUUUUUUUAUGUAGGCUAAUACAUAUAGAAGAAUUGUUAUUUAUUUGCGGACAGAUAUAAACAUCAGUGUCUUUUCAAAGUACGUCUAAGUUUAUCGCUAACUUAUCCGUGUUAUGAAGUACUGUAGAUUCCUUACAUAUCCUCUUAAUUUUCCUGUC